UACUUUGUGAGGGAUACUGUGUUCAUGAAUAAAAAUUAAUUUCUUUCAGGAGAAAGCCAAAAGAACUGCUCAGAAAGAGUCCGAUGCGGCUGAAAAGCGUUUGGAGCAAGCAAAACGUGAUUUUGAAAAGCUUAGCGAUUCGCUGACCAGCACUCGAGGUACUUUGGCAACGAUGAAAGAGCAAAUUGCAAAAGAAGAAGAAGCGUUGUUGUCGUCGAAAAGUCGAGUGGAUGAAUUUCAUGACCGAAUAGCAGCUAUCGAUGAGCGGAGGAAAGUGGCUGAGCAAGCGCAUGAAGCUGCAAAGGCCACUCUAAAGAAGUUUGAAAAAGAGCUCCGAGAGUUUGACAAGGACAUCAAAGUACAUCAAGACAAAGUGGACGUGACAAACAAAAGGAUUGUCAAGCUGAAGUCAAAACAAGCUUCCCUAGAAACGGAUAUAGAAAAAGCGAAAGAGGAUGCUGUUUCGUAUAAGAAAAUGGCUCAUCACAAAGCUAAAGCUCAUCCAUGGAUAACUGAUGAGAAAGCUCAUUUCGGAAAGAAAGGAACCGAAUACGAUUUUACUGGAUACACACAAGAGAAGGCCUCGAAGGAAAUCGCAGAUAUGAAAGCUCGAAAAAAUGAGUUGGGCAAAAAUCUGAACACUAGAGCCAUGGGAGUGUUGUCGCAAGUGGAAGAACAAGUGAAUUUUCUUUUAAAACUAGAUUUUUUCAAGAGGAACGAGCUGCAUCCAAGUGAUCUACAGGUACUCGGCUUGAAACAGAAGAAGGAACAAAUAGCUAUCGAUAAAAAGAAGUUGCUGGACACGAUAGCUCUGCUGGAUAUCAAGAAAACGCAAGAAAUUCACAAAGCUCAUGCUCAAGUGAAUCGGGACUUCGGAAACAUCUUUUCAACACUGCUACCCGGUGCUUCGGCUAAAGUCGAACCACCAGCUGGAAAAACAGUUGAGCAAGGACUUGAAGUGAAGGAUUUCGGAAAUAUCUUCUCAACACUGCUACCCGGUGCUUCGGCUAAAGUCGAACCACCAGCUGGAAAAACAGUUGAGCAAGGACUUGAAGUGAAGGUUGCUUUCAAUGGCAAAUGGAAAGAAUCGCUUCAAGAACUAUCUGGAGGACAACGUUCACUGGUAGCUUUGUCGUUGGUUUUGGCCAUGCUGAAAUUCAGACCAGCUCCAAUUUAUAUCUUGGAUGAAACCUUUCUAGGAAGCUUUCCAGUUCAUUUUUCUCCAUUUCUUUUUUUCUACCAGUCUUAUUUGCAGUUCAUUAUUGUGUCAUUGAAAGAAGGCAUGUUCAAUCAUGCGAAUGUGCUGUACAAGACAAAAUUCUGCGAUGGAACAUCACAAGUCACUCGGACCACAAACAAAUCUUCCUGA